AUGAAGUUCAGCAAAUUUGUCCUGUUUGGCUUGGUGUUUUUCACCACAGCCAAUUCUCACCCCUCAGAGGCUUACAAAUCCAUCAAGUCGAUUGUCCAUGAGCACAGCUUGAAGUUGGAGCACGUCAUUAGCAAACGACAGGUCUCUCCCGAUACCAAGUCAUUCAUUAUUUCCUUCCCUGGUGCUUCAAUUGACGACAUCUCCCAGCACAUUUCUUCCAUCGACAACCUGGUCGCAGGAAAGUCCGAACAAGGCAUCACUGCUGACUUCGAUUUGUCUGAAAGUCCUGAAAACCCUACCAUUAUUGGAGUUGCGGCUGUACUCGAUGAGAGUGUGGCUGAAGCAGUGGAGCAUCUUCCCUUUGCUCUCGUUGAGCCUGACGGAAAAAUUUACUUGUGGGACUCACUAGAGCGAAAUUCAGAUGGUGUUGUCUACUGUGAUCAGCUCCCUGGUUAUGGGCAGCCUGGAUUUGAGCCCUUCUAUGAUGAUGAUCUGUUGGCGGAAUUGUCCGCUCCUACUGGUGACAGCAAAGUCCAAGUGGCUACUAUUACUACUGAGAUCAUUGGUGUAACAUCCGUUGAUGGACAAGCUACGACCAUUACAUCAACCAUCACCUUUACCAGUACUUUGAAACACGCCGGAUACACCCUAUUGGCCGAACCCACCACAGCUGGUGCUAAAGCCGACGCAAAUGACAACAACAACGUCAAUGUCAACAGCAACAACAACAUUGAUGACAAUGAUGUCAUUACCGGUGACCGUGCUGAGGCCGUGAUCGUCUACACUGACGACCAAGGAGAGCCGUGUGUGGCCAUUCCUACACCCACAUACGAGCCUACUUGCGGCUGUACCAAGACAUACUAUGUGAUUCGAAAGCUCACCGAAGAUCACACAAUGAUCAGCACAAACAGUAAUAAAGUCUCUCCUACAGGCUCCAACCAUGGCAGCUCUGGAUCGAACGGAAACACAGCUGUCGACAACGGCAACAAUGGUAACAGCAACAGCAACGACAAUGGCAACAACAUCAACGGAAACGACAAAAGUGGCAACGAUGUCACCUCUUUCAUCGAUGACAUUCGUGUUUCUAACUCAACUCCUACCGCAGUCGAGUCCACUCAAUUGUCUCAAUCAUCUGCUAGCUCGUCACCCAUUCUUACCAACUCGAGUCAGUCUUUGGAUUCAAUUGCAUUUUCGGAUUCUCAAUUCAUCAGUCCAAUUGUGUUAUCUACAACGCCCAACUCUGGCAGUACAACGCCUUCUAACUCUGGUACCAUUACCGGCUCGGAGGUGACCUCUUCCACCUCUCCCACCUCUUCUAGUGGCUCCAGCAGUUCCAGUACGAUUCUCCCUUCAAGCUCUUCCGCUAGCCCUUCAAGUAGGCCUUCAAGUAGCUCCGCCCCAGUUUCCUCUAGCUCUCCAGUUUCCUCUAGCUCUCCCAGCUCUUCCAACCCCGGUUCUUCCAGCUCUAGUUCUCCCAGCUCUAGUUCUCCCAGCUCCAGCUCCAGUUCUCCCAGCUCCAGCUCCAGCUCUAGUUCUCCCAGCUCCAGCUCCAGCUCCAGCUCUAGUUCUCCCAGCUCCAGCUCCAGCUCUAGUUCUCCCAGCUCCAGCUCCAGCUUCAGCUCUAGUUCUCCCAGCUCCAGCUCCAGCUCUAGUUCUUCCAGCUCCAGCUCUAGUUCUCCCAGUGCCAGCUCAAGCUCUUCCAGUUCCACUUCUCUCAGUUCCAGUUCUAGCUCAAGCUCUUCCUCUAGCUCUAGCGCUCCCCUCCCACUUGUUACGCAACAAGGCAUGCCUUGGGGUCUCUCUCGUAUUUCUCACCAGUCGCCUGAGAUGGCUCCCUACCAAGAUCCCAUGGUAGGAGAAUAUAUUCACCAACAGUUUGUGGACCCCAAUCCCAAGGUGGUCGUGUACGUCGUUGAUUCAGGCGUGAAUAUCAAUCACGAUAACUUUGCGACCAAACCCAUUUGGCUUGCGAAUUAUGCUGACAGUGACGACUCUGAUGCCAAUGGCCAUGGAACAUUUGUGGCAGGUGUUGUAGCUGGCACCAGAUCAGGUGUGGACCCCAACCUGCAAGUCAAGAGUAUCAAGGUAUUUUCUGGCGAGACUACCGACGCGUCUAUUCUUAUGUCAGGUAUUACUCGUGCCAUUAAUGAUUUCAAGGCUGACACCACUCCAGGUAAGAAAGCUGUGUUGAAUCUGUCGCUUGGUGGAGACGUAUCUACUGCGUUAGAUUCUUUGAUUAAGCAGGCUGUUGCUGAAGGUAUGUUUGUUGCUAUUGCUGCCGGAAACAACAUGGAAAAUGCUUGCAACAAUUCUCCGGGACGAGUUUCCACCUCUACCCCUGGUUCUGUUACGGUUGGUUCAAUUGACAGAAGCGACAAAUUAUCUGUUUACGCUGGAAACAACAAGGGAACUGCUUGGGGAACGUGUAUUACUGGCUUUGCCCCUGGUUCUGAUAUUAUGUCCUCUAUGAAUACUCCUAAUGAUGGAUAUGGAAUCGGAUCCGGAACCUCAUUUGCUACUCCUAUGGUGGCCGGAAUUGCCGGCUACUUGAUGAGUCAGGAAGGUACCAAAGAUCUAACUCCUGCGGAGCUCGAGUCAAGAAUCAUGAACAGCAAUGAUGGUAGAAUUCAGGGUGAUCUGAAGAACUCACCUAACAAGAUAGCCUACAACGGCGUAUAG